AUUUAACACAGAAGAGUUCCCAGUAACAUGAACUCUAAACUAAUUUUCAAAAGCAAUAGCCUUCACUUCAAUAGGGAUAAACAUAAUAGUACUGCACAUGACUGAUGAGUAUGAGUAAACAAACGGUAUAUCUCAUGCAGUACUGAGUGAGCCUAAACGUGUUGUAUUGCCGUUUAUACCCCGUUUAAGUAAGUUGGUCGGUCUGGUAGCUUCAAAUAUUUAUUUUAUUUAUUUAUUUGCAAUAUUCAAUAAAAAGACCAAUAAUAAAUAAUACGACAUUUUAAAACUGGUAGGCUGGUAGCUCUUCUUUAUUAUAAAUGUUGAGUUAUACCAAAUAUUGUUAAGUCAAUAACUUAACUACCACUAUACUACUUUCACUUAACUUCUCUAGGCUAGGACUAGGUCAAUGCAGAGAAUGAUGCCAUGAUGUCUUGAUGUCAUUUCAUGUUUUUACACAUUUACCUGAAACCAAUAUCAAUAUGACAUUUUAAAACUGGUAGGCCUAACUCAGUCACUAACUGUUCCUUGUAAUAUGCAUCUAAAAGUAAAUCAGCUAUCUAUACAUUAUACAUGUAAAUAUAAACCAAAACUCUAUUUGAAAAACAUUGUUAAGUCAAUAACUAUCCCUAUACCACUUAACUUCGCUAGGCUAGGUCUCAAAUUUUUACAUAAUUCUGGCUCUGGUUGUGCCCAACUUUGCUAAUGUUAUGCCAAAUUGGUAUGUGGAACUAAUUUUUUUAAAGUCAGUACAGUCGAACCCACAUAUCUCGACCUCGGUUAACUUGCCAACCCUCUUAUGUCAAUAUUUUUUAAGUGGAACCGCCAAAUUCUCUUUUUAUCUUUGCAUUUUCUCCUCAGUUAUGUUGAUUCUUUUAUGUCGCCGAACCCUGGUAUCCCAAGCACAAAAGGGGGCCAAAUUUGCCACUUAACGUCAGUUAUCUCGAUCCCCAUGACCAAUCGCCGGCUUUUGAAAAUAUAUAUAAAACAGAAACGUGCCUACUUCAAAUUGUAGUAAUUCAAAUAAAAUUACAAUAUCGUCCGCACAAUAAAUUUGACUCGCAAGAAGCUAGGAGUGAGAGGCUUGCAAACAAAGGAGAGAGGUUGCAGUACCUGUUCUAUCUAUAGGGAACCCGCUUGUUGCUGAAUAGGCUUUCAUGGGUUUUUACACUUACACAUUGAUUUUUUUUUAAAAUCCAGAAACCGUAUUUGAGUAAACUGAACUGGCGAAUCUGGAGCGAGAGAAAAUAAAAACUUAUGAAUCCGGAGCUGAAAAAUAUUCGGCCUCAUGAAUCCGGAUUUCUGGGAUAAUCCAGAAAAGUGGCACCCCACAUAUUCCUUGUGUUGUUAGCAAACAUGUAUGUACAUUUUUAUAGCAUGCCGAUCGCUUCAUCAAACAAAUCGGGGUGACACUGUGGUGUAAAAGAAAAGUUUAAAAACAUGUGCAUGUACAUUCGAUUUUAUAAAUGCUCAUCAUGUACAUAAAGAAAUUUCAAGCACAUGUUUAUACACUGCCACCAUAUUGGUUUUCAUUUAUCUCGAUCAUCGAUUAUCUCGACGCUUUUUGGCAAAUACUGAGGCCAGCGACAUAGUUGGGUUCCCCUGUACUUAAUUUGAUAUUAAUAUUUAUUGCAGUUUUUUUUCUUACAAUUACUACUUUUAGUUAUUCAUGUCUCUUUGUAUUUUAAUAUUUCUCUAUUUAUUACUGAGGACUUUUGAACAUUUAUUAAUAAAUGUUUUUUGUCUUGUGUAACCUCUGAUUUUUUAAAUAAAAUCUCUUGACUUUUUGGGUAGAACUAUAAGAAAAUAUUUUCCUUUCCUAAGAAAAAGCAUUGUGUUCACUUAAAUAUUUUAACCAAAAUUUGAGUAAAAAGACAAACAUUUUCUCGUGGGUUUGUUAGAGAAUUUAUUUAUGUAUUAAUUACUUAUAAAUAAAUUGAUAUUUUAAUAAAUGUAAACUUUUACCAAUUUUGUAUAGGACAGUGUCUUCAAGAUGGCAUAUAAGUGAAAAACCAUCAACGUGUAAUAGGAAAGUGUUUACAAACAAACCAAAUCUAAAAAGUGUAGUUUCCUCUGAGCUUAAAAUCUUAUGUUCCUAGCACAACACUUUUCACAGAAUGAAGACCUCGCCAAUAACCUAUAGAAAGUUCUGUCUCAUUGUAAACAAAAUAAAAACCUUUGAAAGUUGUCAGUUUCACUCAAGUAUAACAGCAGAUGCAAAACAGCAGUACUGUCGAUUAUUUCGACCAAACUCUAGUUUUUGGUCCCACUGGCGGCCAUUUACAACACCACCUCCACAAAUUGACUAUGAAGAAAUUGCCAAACCUGUCAUUUCAACACUAAGAAAUGAUCGGGCAGAUGACCUGGCUGGUUCUAGCAUUAAUGAUAAGAGCCACACAAACCAAUGUGUGCAACACAUCCCUGUUAUGGUUAACGAAGUACUAAAUGCACUACAACCUCAAGACGGACAGGUAAAAUUUAAGUUGUAACCUAAUUCUCUUGAAGCUCUGCAUAGUAUUUAGCAAGAAUAACCUGUUUUGAUUUAGAUAAUUUUCAUGGCUAAUCUUGUAAAAUACUUUUUGUUGUUUUGGUAGAAAAAUUAAAAAUGCUUAAAACAAUUUUGAUGAUAAAAUUACUUAACUUACAGUCAGAAGUAUUUAUCUCAAAACUCAGUUUAAAAAACAAAAAACUAUGGCACUGAUCCUGAUAGGUCAUUGAGUGGAAACUUUUUCAUUUGGUUCUAUUGGAUGCAUAUGUAAUUACUGCUUGUACAUUCUAAGACUUGAACAUUUUAAGAGCUUUAGCGCACUAAGCGAGUGUAUAAAAAAAAAUUAUUAAGUUCUGAUAAGGGUGGUGAAAGUUACAUUUUAGAAUUAGAAUGCUAAUAAAAUGACUAGAACAGUAUGGGUACAUACAUUAUUGGGUAUACAUAAAGUAAACAAUAUUUUAUUUAUGCAUACAAUAAAAAAAAUUAAUUGGUGUACCAAGUUGCUUUAGGCUGCUUAUAUAACACAUGGCUUCUAUUAAGCUGUUUAUCUAGGGUGAUAUAACUGAGUCUGCAUUCUAGCUAGUGAAUGAGAUUGUAAAAAUGUCCUUUUGCUUGACUCUUUUAGUUAUUCAAGCUUUAAAAUAACAUGUCUUAAUAUUUUAUCUAGGGUGAAUAACUCUUUCUCUGUUUGGACAAUAAUGGCACAAUACCAACAUACAUUUUUUCAUCUGUUUCAAAACUAUACAUUUAUAUUUGCACAUAAUGUUUGUGAUUAUAAUUAUUCUUUUACAGCUUAUAGUUGACAUGACUUUUGGUGCUGGGGGCCAUGCGAGGGAAAUUCUAAAUGUUGCUCCAAACAUAAGGUACAUUGCUUCAGAUAGAGAUCCUCUGGCAAUUAACUUGGCACAAAAGAUGGCUGGUGAAUACAGGUACGAAUGAAUUCAUUUAUUCACACUGAACUUUCCAUAAGUCUACUUACAUUAGAUUUCUAAUAGAAACUCCUCUUAGAUAGUAGUCUAAUGCAAUUGAGUCAAAGUGUUUUGAAGUCCAAUGUGAAUUCCACAUUAUCAUUGAGGAUAAAAUUAUUAAAAUUUAAGAAAACAGUAACUGACUUAAUAAUGUGUUAUGUAUCUUUGAAUUACCUGCCAUAAACUGCAGGACUACUCAAAAUAUUCAACUCUGGCGUGGUAAUCGAACUUAAACUUAAGAUGCAUCAUAUGUUCUUCCAAGUAUAUUCUUUAAUUUCACAGAGUUACUAACAUUGUCUGUUUUUCUUAUUUCAGAGAAGGGACGAUUUCUCCAAUCCUCAGCCGUUUCUCCAAUAUUGCUUCACAUCUUCAUCAGCUUGGUAUAAAACCAGGAAUGGUAGAUGCAUUUCUCUUUGACUUUGGCGUUUCAUCUAUGCAGUUUGAUACAUCAAAUCGUGGAUUUUCUCUUAUUAGAGAUGGCCCAUUAGAUAUGAGAAUGGACGGAGGCAGGUCUGUUAAGCCCUAAUACUGUACAUCUAACUUUUCAUUUGAGUUUGAGCUAAAAAGGCUGCUUAAAUUUAAAAUAGUGCAACUUUGUAGUGAAAAAGUUUCUUGUGAUGGUUGCGCCCAAUGUGUUAUGCACUGUUAUGGUUUUGAAAAUGUUAUCUUUGUAAAGAUUUUGGCUCAUAUAAUAAACAAUACAAAGCAAAGGACUGAGAAAAACAGUACCGGGUAUGUAAAGAAAACUAUAGGAAAGCUAGUGAUAGUCAAUUUAUUAUACAAAUACAUUUCUGUUCAAAUAAAAAUUUGAGUACAAAAACAAAAAGCUACAUCACAUAACAGCAAGUGAAAAAGGUACACUCCUCAAAAUACAAAUGUUAAUUUACUCACACAAUCAUAUAACCUCACAAGUAGCAAAAAUCUCUCCCCGACUCGCUCUGCCUAUCUGCUAAGAAAGCAAGCAGCCUAUUUAUAGGAGCCUGUAACAAUUGUAUAUGUAACUUUUAUAGAUGGAGGCGCUUAUGGCUCAGUAAAGUUACCCAUACAAUGUUAACUAAAUCCGUGAGCUCAAUGUAACCGAUGGCUUGCCGCUACGACUUGAACAAUUCAUUCCACGCCUCAAAAGCUGUCUCUUUCACUCCCUCAAAAAUCAAUAUUGUCCAAAUGAAUAAUAUACACAGCACUUUAUUACAUAUACUAAAUAAGUCAAAUAAUUCCUUGAUAUCAAGAUAUCCUAUCACACUCAUAGUUGCAAUGCAAAGAAUAUAUAUACAUACACGUUCAAUAAUACUCCAUCUGAUAUUAAUUCAAUUAUCUAUUCGAGAAAUCCAAUAUGUCUUCUCACAUACAAGGUAUCUCGUUCACACCUGCUCUACUUAAAAAACAUGAAUUCUUUCUUCCCUAUAUAAACUAGUCCCCGGUUUUUCUUGUGGUUACUUCAUUAUAUCAAAUCACUACGCCAUUGUGCCUUGCGAGUAAAUAUUGGUGUUGUGUGAAAAAUCAUAGUUAAUUUGGUCUGUUACAGAACCAAUUCAGAUUGUUCUAAUACAGAAAUUCUUGCAAUUCCGUCACCAAAAGGCAAUCUUUAGGAUAAAUGGAACGCAUUCAAAUUUAAACAACGCUUUCCCAGUGUAGAAAGGGGUAGCCAAAGAAGGAGUGAACGUGCGCAUUUACACUGUGACAUCAAUAUCAAGGCUAUACUAACGAGAAAAGUGGGUGCUAAAAAUAACUCUUGAAUGGAAAAACAAGCCAUUCUCUAAUAAAGAUCAAUACUCGGAGGUCGGGAUUCUAUAUCUUAUGACCUUUGGCGGUGAAACAUAGCCUAGUAGUCCCUGGGGAAUCCGGCCAUGCAACUCGGCCUUGAGUAAUGGGGUUUAGGGCAGGUUUCUUCCACUCAUGAGAGGACAGUUUUGCGUCACAGCCCCCCUUGCCCAUUGAGUCUUACGGUCGGGACGUGGGGUUGGAACAGCUUUGCUUCCUCUCCGGAGAUGACGUUGCGUUGCCACCCCCACCGCCUAGGGAGUCGUGCCUUCCUUGGUGCGGGACGGCUUUACUUCCACUCUGGGAGUAGUCACGAGCUUAACUUUCUCCCACCGUUCCUGAGAGUUGUGCAAGCAUUUGGUUCCCAACGAAUUAUUUCCCUCUGGGGAGGCGUUGCGUUGCCUCAAACCCGCUACCCGGAAGCGGUUCGGUCUGGACUGUGAAGGGUCAAAACGGCUUUUACUUCCUCUCCGGGGGAGGCGUUGCGUUACCUCAACCCACCGUUCGGGGAGUGGUUCGAUCUGGACGUAGCGGGGACGAAACGGUCGCCUAGGGGCGGCUUUCUCAGGGCCGCGUCUUUUUAAUCAUUGACAAGGGUUUGGGCGGCCACCCACUGCCUCAUACCCAUCAACGGCAACAAGUAAUCAUGUUAGCGCUUAAACUUCCGUUGCGUUAGAAGUCAUGCGUUUUGCCUGGAAUCUUUUAGCUUCAGAAGGAAAACUCCCCCCUACUAGUCAGGCACGCCACGGAGAGGCAAGAUUCCGUGUAACACCACCGAGAGCUUGUGGUGUUGGGCAAGGAUUUUCCAGAGGUCCACCCUUAACCCCCCUGAGCCAUUCUCUAUACGAGGCUAAUCUGUAACAAUAUCUUUAAGCUUAGUUUUACCAAAUAAUUUAUCCAUGUGUUUUGUUCAAUGUUGGAAGUAGUCCAAAAUCCUGCCCUUAAUAUUUCUCUUUACACUGCUUAUUAUCCUUUUAAGGUAACAGAUGGCACAUUUUCCUUAAUUUACCCUGUGUCACUUCAAAAAAAUCUUUUAAUCUCUUCAUUUUCAAUGAUACUAAGAGAGGCGGAUAACUUUAAAAAAAAACUUUUGGUAUAAAUAUUCACGUUUAAUGAUCUGGAUGUAUUUCAAGGAAAAACACUUGAGCUUAGCAAAUUAAAAUAUUUCUAAAAUACAUAGUCUAAAUCAGGAGUCUCAAACUCACGGCCUGCGGGCCAUUUGCGGCCCACAAGAAAAUAUUUUGCGGCCCGCUACAUAACAGCAAAGUUUAGUGUUAAUGGGGCCCAUGUUUCCCCAUUCUCGAAUCUAUAAUGUGACCCUCUGCGAUGGUUUCAGUCUAAUCUCUCCAACUAGUCUAAUUCUAAUUUUUUAAUGCUUUUUUAUGAUAUAUUUGGACUUUGAUUAUUAUGGUAAAAAAAGGUUUUAAAAUCAGACUAAACGUUUUUUAAUUUAUAGCUUUUUAUGAGUCAAAUAUGGCCAAAGUGUGGUUUUGAGGAAAAAAAGUCAUUUAGUGUAAAUCGUAGCAAUCGGACACAGUAUCAAAGAAUCCCCAUUAGAAUUGCUGCUAGUGUUUAUGAGUGAGGGAAAUUCGGAGCCAGUCUGCUUUUCUAUGAUAAAAAAAAAUCAAAAUUCAUUCUUCCUACAAUAGCAUCUUGCUUCACAUCAAUAAUUCAUAAAUAUUGCUUCUCCUGCUAAUGCUUAAUUCUUGAACACGUUUUAGCAUUUGAAGCCUUCAUUGAGAAGGAUGGGGUGGCUGCUCCUGUACUAAGUGAUCCCAAAUGGCUCAUGGACUUGGCUUUUCUGGUUGACAUUACAGAGGAGCUGAAUGUACUCAACAAGAAGUUACAGGACCAGAGGUAGCUUGUCAGUGGUGCCUAUGACAAUGUCAGAGCAUUCUGUACAAAACUUGUGUUAUGAUUCUUCUAGAAACCUCUGCCAUUUCCUAACAUGCAAAGUACUCAUGGACUUGGGCACACCAUUCAGUAGUAAUUUAGUAGUAAGUAUACUGAUGCCAUUGCAAAGCUACAGAAAGAAUUUGAUCACAUGUUUUCAGACUUCAAAAUACACAGAGCCACUUUUCAAAAUUUUCGCUGACCCUUUCUCCUUUAAUGUUGAAGAUACACCCCCCCCCUUUCCCCCCCUGUGAAAAGCCCUUUUUGACUAUGAAAUUUAACAAGUCAAAGUUCAGGGUCCAACAUACUGAUGAACAUCUUCAAGCUAUACUGAGGGUCUCAGUUGCUUCCUCACUCAAGCCAAAUGUUGCUCAGCUGUGUAAGAAGAAGCUCUGCCAGGUCUCAUGAAACAAGGAGCAGGAGAAAGAAAGUGAAGCCUAGUUUUUUAGAACUCUUAAUGUUUUCAUUUGUUAUUUAUAAAGGUUGAGCAGAUUGUAACAGUUGAACUUUAAUGAGUUUGUAAUCGGUUUUUUGUGUAAUACUUGAUGCGGCCCAGUCUCAAUCAGACUCUACCAUCUGCCGCCCCCGGACGAUUUGAGUUUGAGACUCCUGGUCUACAAAGUUUUACAGUUAACAUACUGCUAUUGUUUAGGUGUGUGUAGAACGUUACAUAUAAUGGCAGUGCUUGUAAAUAAAAAAAGUAUUGAAUUUUAAAAGUUAAAAAAUGUAAUAUUAAUUGCAAAGGGAGGUAACAUUGUUAUCUUUCAUUUAUUCCAUGAUUUCAAUAGGUUUCCUUCUUUAUAGUUUUAUUAAACUGCAUAUUUUUAGAACAGUAUUUUGUUAGCGGUGAUGCUGUCUAUAAGAAGGAUAACAAAAUCGAUAUAAACAGUGUAGAGAAAAGUAUUGAUGUUGUACGUAACUUAACAUGAUACUUUUGCUACAAAAACAGUUCAGUUUAUUAAACUGUCAGGAUUCUAGGUUCUGUUGCUCUCUUCUUUUCUUAUUAAGUUCUUAGGUCAUAAGCUAUAGCAUGGCACCAUCAAUUAGUGAUGUACCCCAGGGCUGACUUACACACAAGCAGUCCUGUACAUGUCCACAAACAGCCCUGUACAUGUCCUCAAACAGCCCUGUACAUGUCCUCAAACAGUCCUGUACAUGCCCUCAAACAGUCCUGUACAUGUCCUCAAACAGUCAUGUACAUGUCCACAAACUGUCCUGUAUAUGUCCACAAACUGUCCUGCAUAUGUCAUCCUCUUGUCCGCAGUGAUCCUAAUCAAAUUACAGCAGCCGACGUAGUCAACACACUGGAUGCCUCAGAUCUGGAACAUAUCUUGAAGAAGUACGGAGAGGAAAGGAAGAGUCGUGACAUAGCUCAUGCUAUUGUUGAGGCCAGAUACGCUUUUGGGAAGUUCACACGUACACGCCAACUUGCAGAUGUUAUACAAAAUGUUUUCAACUGGUGAGUUUAACAUAUAGUCUAGAUUUGUUCAUUAUUCCAUCUGCAAAAUUAGUUUUGAAAGUAAUGGACUAAUAUUACGUACAAGUUGACUACUAUUCUUAAGUUGACUUGAAAGGUUGUCUUCAAACGCUUAUUAUUGAAGUAAGUAUUGAUGAGAUGUAUUUUAUUUCAGAUUCCUUGAUAAAUAUCAUGCAGUCUUAAGAUUAUUUUUUUUAACCUUUUUAAUAUUCUUUACUCACGUAAAACUUUGACAUACAGAGCUUACAAUCUAAGCUUACCUUGAAGUAAUGUGAUUAGCUUACCUUGAAAGUAAUGUGAUUAGGUCACCUUGGAACUUAUGUUAUUAACAUAGCUUUUUAUAAAUAAUUAUAUAUAUAUUUGAGUAUAAUAAUUGUUAUUUAAUGUGAUUUUGAACAUUUGAUAAUGGGGUAAAAAUCUACAACAAUUUACCCAAGGGGUUAGAUCAAUGUAUUCUUGGUAUUGGGGAUACAAUGAUACUGCUCUCGAACAUCUGUCUCAGGGGUGAUAUAUAUGUAAUCCACAACUUUCAGACGUCCGAGUAUAAUCAACAACUAACACAUUGUUCUCUUUUGAUGAAAAGCUAUUUUAAAUAGUACUGUUCUGACAUAUACUGGUCUUAACUAUAAUUACUUUAGUGCAAAUAACUAGAAGAAACUAAUACUUUGUUACUAAGAUAAAGAUCCAAAUAAAUCUAAUAUUACUAGAUAUAGUCCGCCAAAUAUUGGUGACAGCAAUGCGUGAACUUCCCAUCUACUAAAGUUACUUGACAAAACAUGAACUCAACUAACGCACGUUUAAGAAUCCCAAUAUUUGCUACACCCCUUCCCCCCAUGAUACGUCACUGCACACUUUUUAUUUCACGCCCAUGAACUCUAUUAAUAUUCUCAAGUCCCAACCACUUUUAAACCAAAAAUUUUUUACACAAUACUUAAAUUGAGACGAUUUCAUUUCCGAAAAGAAAAUAUUACGCACCAAACGCAAUUGCAUUAUUAAUAAUAUAUGUAUAUCAUUUAGCGUAGUUAUCAGGAAUUAUAUUUUGCACGUUAGUGAACUCACUAUUGAACCACACUCUGGCGUAUCUAUAAAUAGCCUGCGUGGUGGUGGUGGUGUUUGACCUUUGCUGGCAAAUAAUAUAUAUAGAUCAUCAAAGGUCUGCAUACACUUUCCAUAAAAACAAAAGAAACACAAAAUUAUGCGCAUCAACCUUAUAAUAAACUUAUAUAUAUUUUAUUCUCACAGUGGGCAUUGUCCAUAAAUAUACUGCCAGUGGCUAGACAUAUUUUUAACGAAAUUUUUACAUUAAUUUUUCACAUUGUUUAUUAAUAAAUUGCCAAACCGAUAUUCCUUUACAUUUUAUAUUUUCAGUGAUGCAUUUGGACAUGAUAAAUUAUCUCGACAUGCCCAUGUGGCCACAAAGACCUUUCAGGCCUUGCGCAUAUUCGUUAAUGAUGAACUAAAUGAAAUUCACAACGGCAUUCAACUGGCCAGACACUACCUCAGAACAAAUGGUCGCUGUGUUGUGAUCUCAUUUCACUCGCUCGAAGACAGAAUAGUGAAGCGACACUUCCAUGAUCUGGACAUGGAUGAGGCUGCCAAUUUGUCCAUCCAUGAUCACUUCAGGAACUCAAGCCUCAGCUUCAACAUCGAUGAUGUCAAGAGCGAAUUCCUUACGAAACCAUGGCUGCCUUUGUCCAGAAAAGUUCUGGAACCCACAGAGGAAGAAUGUUUAAAAAAUCCAAGAGGAAGAUCCGCUAAGUUGCGAGCAGCCAUUAAAGUGGAGAGUGAUGGACUUUAAAGGCCAUCAAUGGAACAUCAAUAAAAUGUUGGAGCCCUCAACUUGGGUUUUAUUGAAUGUAUUGGGUCACAGGAUUAUUGUGUGGCGGUGGAAAGUAUAUUGAAGUUGAAUGAUUACAAAUUACACUAAUAAAUAAGGGGAGAUAAUGCAAGGUUGCUAAAUAAAUAUAACCAAGUUUCCAUAAUUGCCUGGACUUUGCCUAGCCUACACUGCGCUGUGUCAGUUAGAUUACAAUAGAUUUGUGACGGACAAGCCAACGGUCACGUCACACCUAAAAAAAAAUGAAUAUAAUUAAAAAAAUUAUUAC